AUGGCUUCUUCUUCUUGUUCAACCUUUGUGUUCGGUUUGGCCCUUUUGGUCAUUGUGUUUAGCAGUGCCAAUGCAACACUUUACACAAACUUCUACUCCAGUUCUUGCCCAAAACUCUUUGACACUGUGAAACGCGAAGUGGAAUCAGCCAUAUCAAAGGAGACCCGCAUGGGUGCUUCUCUCCUACGUUUGUUCUUCCACGAUUGCUUUGUUAAUGGGUGUGAUGGGUCAAUUCUGCUUGAUGAUACAUCAAGCUUCACCGGAGAGAAGAACGCAGGUCCUAACAGGAACUCAGCUCGUGGUUUUGAUGUUAUCGACAAAAUCAAAUCAGCUGUGGAGAAACACUGCCAGGGUGCUGUCUCCUGUGCUGAUAUCCUUGCCAUUGCUGCCAGAGAUUCCGUUCACAUCCUUGGUGGCCCAACUUGGGACGUGAAACUUGGAAGAAGAGACUCCAAGGCAGCAAGCCAAUCUGCUGCCAACAAUGGCAUCCCACGACCCACUUCAAACCUCAACCAACUCAUCUCCAGAUUCAAUUCUCUUGGACUUUCCACCAAGGACUUGGUCGCACUAUCUGUUCUUUAUGACUCGUUGUUACCUUGGCAACAGUCACGUAAUGAAUUUCAUUUCAUGUUAGGGGGUCAUACAAUUGGACAAGCAAGGUGCACAACCUUUAGAGCUCGCAUCUACAAUGAAACCAACAUUGAAAGCUCCUUUGCCCGCAUGAGACAAUCUACUUGCCCUCGAAACUCAGGAUCAGGGGACAACAACUUGGCACCCAUUGACUUUGCCACUCCCACUUUCUUUGACAAUCACUACUUCAAGAACCUUAUUCAGAAAAAGGGCCUCAUCCAUUCUGAUCAACAACUCUAUAAUGGUGGUUCCACUGACUCCAUUGUGCAUACCUACAGCGCCAAUCCAGCUUCCUUUUUUGCUGAUUUCUCAGCUGCUAUGAUCAAGAUGGGAGACAUCAGUCCCCUCACGGGCUCCCAGGGAGAAAUAAGAAAGAACUGCAGGAGGGUGAACUAA